CUCACCAGUACUGAGAGAGAGUGAGAGAAGUCCCCCCCCCCCCCCUCCAACUCCUCAUUCAUGGUCUCCUUGGUGGAUGGCACAUAUCCGACCAGUCUCCUUCAGACCGUUCAACAGUUUAGAGAGAGAGAACCGAAGCUGACGUUGUUUUGUUUUGUUUUCGUUCUCUUCUUCUCACUUGUAACUCGCACAUUUAUAACUUGGCUCUGACCGACAACAUCACCUGGUGCUGCACCUCUCUCGAUCACGCCACAGUUUUGCCCCCCUCCGUUUCGUUUUUGUUUUAAAAAGCCACUCGGCAACUAUUUGCGCAGUCGGGCGCUAACUGUUCCAGGAUCCGGUCGUCGUCGCUGGCUGACGUUGAGAUUAUAUCCCAGUUUAUUUUUCUUCUCCAAUCGGGGGGUUUCUAGUUCGAAUCGAAUUCGAUUGAUUUUGAACGACAAUCUCCAACGCCAAAAGUUUUGAAUUUCCGUGGACGACAAUAUUUGAGUGCUUGCGCAGUGUUUUAUACCCGUCGGGAAAAUUAUCUAACUAAACGUCAAUUAAAAAGAAACAAUCGAAAAGCGAAAAAGAAAAAUGAGUUCGACGCGGACGACCGUUGUUUUCGUUGUGGUGUUGAUGAUGGUCCUCCCGUAUCUCGGCACGGCCAAAGGGCGAGGAAGAGGCAGCAAAUGGUGGGGAAUCGCCCGAGCCGGUGAACCCAACAAUUUGGUGUCGAAUUCCAUCAAGGAGAAUUCAAUCACGAAUUCGUACUUGGAUCCCGACGUUCACGCAACUCUGAGACGCAAGCAGCGUCGCUUGGUUCGCGACCACCCAGGCGUCGUCGUGGCCGUGGCCAAAGGCGCCAAACAGGCCAUUUCCGAGUGCAAACAUCAAUUCAAAAAUAGGCGCUGGAACUGCCCCACCAAGGACUUCCAUCGCGGCCGCAAUCUCUUCGGAAAGAUCGUCGAUCGAGCUUGCCGUGAAACUGCCUUCAUCUACGCCCUGAUGUCAGCAGCGGUGACCCAUUCGGUGUCACGGGCCUGUUCGGAAGGAGCCAUCGAGUCCUGCACUUGCGACUACAGCCAACGCGGACCGUCUGGAGCCGACUGGGAAUGGGGCGGCUGCUCGGACAACAUCCAAUUCGGCGUCAAGUUCUCUCGGGAGUUUGUCGACGCCGGCGAGAAGGGCCGCGACAUCCGUUACAUGAUGAACCUCCACAACAACGAAGCCGGUCGAGUGCACGUUUCGACGGAGAUGAGACAAGAGUGCAAAUGUCACGGAAUGAGCGGCUCUUGUACGGUGCGGACCUGCUGGAUGAGAUUGCCAUUCUUCCGCGUCGUCGGCGACAAUUUGAAGGACCGUUUUGACGGAGCUUCGCGGGUCCUCAUCAGCAACACGGGCCGGACGCCGGGCAACGGUCGCAAGAAGUACAACUACCAGCUGAAGCCUUACAACCCGGAGCACAAGGCCCCGUCCAAGAAAGAUUUGGUCUACUACGAGAACUCGCCCAACUUUUGCGAGAAGAACCUGAAAUUGGGCAUCGCCGGGACGCAGGGGCGCGUCUGCAACGAGACGUCGAUCGGCGUCGACGGCUGCGAUCUGAUGUGCUGCGGCAGAGGCUACAAAACGGAGGUGAAGGAGGUGGUCGAGCGCUGCGCUUGCACUUUCCACUGGUGCUGCGAAGUCAAGUGCAAAGUUUGCCGGACCAAGAAAACCAUCCACACUUGUCUAUAGGCACCGACUCUUAUAGAAUCAAAGUGACGAAACCCACAACAAACUUAAAAGGAAUUUCUGUGACAUAUCACAAACCACUUCCUUUCCAGCUCCAAAAAUAUGAAGACAUUAGAAACACCACAAGAAAACCAACCAAUCAACCAACAACCACCGGCCGAAUCUGAUCGGCUCUACACAACAAAUACGGCCAAUCAAAUUCUCCCCCGCUAUUAUUUUUCUCUGUUCUUGAAUUGAAUUAUCCUAUCGCCACCCACAAUUUUCAUCACAAAAGAAAACAAGAAAACAGUUUCGACUGUUGUUAUAUCAACACUAUGUGCCUUGAGAAAAGAAAAAACGAAAAAAUUCAACUUUGUGCGUGUGUUUGUGACAACCCAACGGGCGUUUAUAGCUCUCUUUCAUUUCUACAACUCUCCUUCUUUUCUUUUCUUUUUGUUUUCCUCGCAUCAUUCUAUUCAUUUUCACUACAACUAAUUAUUCAACUUUUAUAUCCGUCACUCUCUGAUUUUCGUCUCUCCACUUUUUUGCUCUCUCAUCGCCAUCAUCACCUCUCUUAUCCUUCCUUCUCUCCUGCCGACGCCAUUCGUAUUGAUACAAACUAGUCACCUUGUCUUUUGAUUACAUUAAAUGCGUAUGAUCUGUGUUUGGUUGAAUAGGCCUUCGCGCCUCACCCUCCAUACCAACCCACCCCCUUUGGAACUAUUUCAAUUUUUCACCUUUUUGACUUCAUUAAUUAUUUUUUAGUUGAUUUUGAAUUAUUAUUUUUUUUAUUUAUUUUCCUUUUCUUCUUCUUCUUCUUCUUUUGGGGUGGAAAAAGAGAAUUUCGUGCGUUAUUUGACCCGAAAAGAGCGCGUUAUUCGAAUCAAUUCGAGUAGCUUAUAUAAUUCCCACCCAUUUACUCCAGCCUUGACUCGACGGUCUAAAGAAUACUCGCCAUGUUCCGCCCUUAAUUCUUCCUCGAAAAAAAAAAUGAAACAAAC